AUGACAGCAUACCCUGUUAUAUCUUUAAAACCUAGUUAUAAUUCUGUUAUUAGAGGUUGUCCCGGUAUUCCAGAUACAUUACCUCGGAUAGAAUGUCAAUUACAAAUCAAAUCUAACAAUGGAGACAAGAUAAAUAUUGAAAGGAUAGAAAUUAUAUUAAAGACUGUAGAAGUCUUGCAUUCAACAAAUUCGAUUAGUUUACCUUCACCAUCCUCUGUAACUUCACCUUUUGAAAGUACUUUUCGUGAAAAUAACAAUGAUAAUGACCAUCAUUUAUUUCAAUCAGGUAAUAAAAAUAAUCAUGAUUUUAGUUCUAGUAAUUCUUUAUUAUCAAGGAACAAGAAAAAGAAGAAUAAAUUUGAAUUAAUAACCGUUCACUACAAAAAAAUUAUUAAUUUAAAAACAAAUACAAAAAAAAGUAUGAUUGGAUUAGAUUUACCACUAACAAUUGCUCUUCCUGAUAAUAUCAAAGAGACAAAUUAUAAUGAAAAAUUUGGAAAUUGUGUUACUACCUUUGAAUGUAUAGUUCAAUAUGAUUCCAAACAUGUUAAACAUUUCUCACACUUAAUUAAUGUAGAAAGGUUUUCACUUUUACCCUCAAUUAAAUUAUUCCCAGAAAUCAAGAGAAGGGUUAUUUCUCCAGAUAAGAAAUAUAUUGUCAAGUAUCGAAUUGAUAAUCCUUGUGUUACCACAGAUGAUCUGUUAUCUCUUGUCAUUGAUUUUAAACCAGAUCCUUCUGUUAAUGGUUAUCCAGUUCAAAAUAAAGGAAGUUUUUUUAAUAAAAAAGUUAAAUUGAAAAAUAUUACAUUUCAAUUGAAAGAAGUCUUACAGAUUAACGAUUCUACUAAUGCUAAUGCAACACAUACGCACCACCACCUUGUAAAUCAUCCUCAUUUACCACAUAAUAUAGAGUCUAAGGAAAAUAUAAUUCAUACUUUCACUAAGGAUAUUAACGAGGUAAUUUCCACCAAUACGAUUCAUGUCAAGUAUGAUAUGAGGAUAUUUACAAAGGAUAAAUUUUUCAGAAAUUUUGAAAGAACAUCUCAAGAACCAGAAUUUUUAUACAAAUUACCUAAAAAUAUUAACGAAUCAAACAAUCAAGGGGAGGUGAAAACUUUAUUAAUACAGAGCAAAAAUAAAAAUAUUCCAUUUCAGUAUCAUGGAUCCAUAACUACACAUGGUCCAUUUUUCUCAGUAUUACAUUAUUUAACUAUAAAAUUUAAGAUUAGCAACGGCAAAGACUUUGAAAUAUCCCAAAAUAUUAGCGUUACUAAAUGGCCAAAGUCCUAUGUGAAAUAUAUUGAACAAUUAAUAGCACAAGAGAGCCAGACUGCGCAAUAUGCUAGGAGUUUUUAUGAUAACUAUGGAGGUAUUAUCACCAAGAAGGUAGACCAUACAGGUUUCGGAACGGAUGAUUCUAAGCGAAUUUACUCUCAUUCGGAGCCAUCAUUGACCAAUUCAAAUAUUAUUUUAGAAUAUCCAAUAUUACCACCAUCGAUUUAUUACCAUGAUGAAGACACAUUAAAAAAAUUUAAUAUUUUAAGUGAUAGAUCUGAUAAGAAAAUACGACGUAUUCCGAUAAUUGAAUAG